AUGGAUCAAGCAUAUUGGCACAUCGCUGUCUGCGACGUUUUGAUUAUGACGGGCUUAUCUAAACUCUGUCCUGAUAGAUCUACUUCACAUCCGCAAUCGAAAGCUGAAACCUACGCAUCCCUCACCCAGCCAGUCCACACACCGCUUAUCACUUCAAAGAUCGGACAGCAGGUGGUAGAUGCUGGUAGUGUACCAAAGAGCAGUGCUGUUAUCAACGUCAAUGGUGCCAAUUACUGCGUACGGUUCAUUAAGACACGUCACAGCGUCGAAUGCAAGUUAUGA